ACGAGUGUGCCUGUCAAAGCUCCGGUUGAAAGGUUAGUUAGAGGAGUAGUAAAGGCUUUUGAAUUUCGUGGAGCGAAAAGCAGUACGGCUUUAUGUCGAAGAGGAAAGCCGAAGAUAUUCUAUCGUGUUGCCCCGCCAGCAAACGCUUCAUUUCCCUGUUUGUGAACCCGCUGCUCAGCCGCGGGCGGACGAAGAGGAAGCUGCACGAGGCCGAGCUGGGUCCGCAGCCCGACUACAAGCGGGUGGAAGGCGGCAGCCGCGGCCCGAAUCCCUGGGAGCGGGGCACGGGCACGGGCGCGGGCGGCCCGCGGGAGCGGCGGGACAGCCGCCUCACCGGCUUCGCGCUCGCAGCUGCACGGCCGCCAAGUGAAAUUGGUCUAUACAACUCGACAUGCUUUCCAGUGCACACUGAGAAUGUCCCAGGGGAUGAAGUAUCUUCUCAGUACAAUUCAUUUCAGUUUUGGAGAGUUCCUUUACCUAAAAUUGAGUUGGAUGAGAUUGAGGAUAUUGGGGAUAUGAAGAUCGUUGAAGAAAUGAACUGUGAUAUUCCAGAAGAGGAAACAGAAAUAGAGAUGGAACUACAAAACUGAGAUUGUGAUAAUGUUUAAGAAUAAAAAUGUUUUCAUGUUUUGAAAUAAAUAAUGCUAGUUUUUACUAGUGGAAUGAGGAGAUUACAGUAGCCAUCUUUGCUUUUUUGUGGAAGUGUUCAUUCUUAUGACUGACAAAUUUUUGUAUGUAGCUUGUCUUGUGCUUUGCAGUAUUUGGGGAGGGAUUUGGGUUUUUUAAAGGAACUGUACUGUGCAAAGAUGCAUGUAAUCCUACUUUCAAGUUGUAAAUAAAUGGGUCUUCAAAAUCUGA